AUGGUCUCCACCGCGUACCCCAGACACAUCCCUUCGAUUCGUUACAGCGACUCCAGCGACUUCUUUAGUCGUUUGCAAACACUCGACGUAUGGUUGCCCCGGCCGCUCGAGCAGUCUGACCCAGCCAACUCGCUAUGGAUCAUUUACAUCCACGGCGGUGCCUGGCGCGACCCACUGCAAGACGCGAAAUGCGUUGAACCAACCCUAAACCGUCUUUUUUCUGAAUCCAAUGCUUCGGCAUUACGCCAUGUUGCCGGCAUAGCGAGCCUGAAUUACCGCCUGUCGCCGUACGCUUCGCAUCCCACGGACCCAAGCUCGCGCUUCGAUCGCGAUAGAAACGUCCAACAUCCUACACACGUGCGCGACAUCGCUCGUGGUAUUCAAUAUCUGCAGAAGGAGUACGGCGUGAAACGGUGGAUCGGCGUGGGACAUUCGUGUGGAGCGACGAUGCUACUGCAAUUGGUGUCCGGGCUAGGUCUUGAAGAUGAGAGCAGUUCGUUGACGGGGAAUACAGAGCAGCGAGGGCCUGAGGCAUUGAUCCUCCUCGAAGGCAUAUAUAAUAUCCCGCUCCUGCUGCGGAACCAUCUCCCGCCCACAUGCCCAGAGAACAUAUCGCAAAUCUACCGCGACUUUAUAGUGGGUGCUUUUGGCCCGGACCAGGCAGUGUAUCAGUCCGUCUCACCCGUCUCUGGGAAGUACAACACGAAGCAAUGGUCCGCGGGAAGGUUAAUAGUCAUAUGCCACAGCUACGAAGACGAGCUGGUGGAGAGGGCGCAAAGGGAUGUAAUGUGUGUUGCGCUGGAUAGGGAGGGCUGGUCGAUUGUCAUGGAAGCGGGGGACGAUGAGGAUGAAGUGCGAGCAGAGGGAAGACGCGUGCUCAACGUUCGAGAUUUGAAAGGGGGUCACGAUUGGAUCUGGGAGGACGGCGAACAAAUCGCCAAAUUGGUUGCUGAGGUAGUGCAGCGGUUGACUUGA